AUGGCGGAAAAACAGGAUUUGCCGCAGCUUGUGACAGAAGCAGGCGACAAAACUGAUUUGGAAGCAGGCGGGGCAAGCAACGGCGACUCGGAAGACGAUUCCCCUUUCACAUCUUCCAGGUCUGCGUGUGGACAUGGCACUAAGAGGCCCCGCAUUAGGGCCAAAAGGCUACUGCUUAACCUGCUUUUGGGACUGGUUGCUGUCGCUGUAGUCGCGUCCCACGUUCGACUAAUACGGGCCACCCUUCGAAAGCAUCAGGCGUAUCGAAGUGUAGUACCCCACAAGGAGCGACCUGAGAUUUCGCACGAUGUAGAAUAUGCGCCUCUUCCACAGACAGCGGAUGAGCCCGAGCAAGCCCAUCCUACGUCAGGAGAAGAUAGUGAGGGGUGGCAUGAGGAGUUGCCUUCCCUCCCAGUUUCGCCGAUCCCAGCGGCAUUUGGAAAAGACACUGGGGAUGGGACUGUGAUCGCCCGUGUAUCUUCCAAAGAAGAGCGUGAAGAUGCCCCUCUGCGUGAAGACAGAGCACCCUUAGUUGGGGUUGAAAAGAAUACUGAAUCUGCGGGGGAAACUAGUAUCACUUCAGAAGAGAGCGCUUCAAGCAAUGACGAAGCUGACAUCCCUCCACCAGCUUUGCCUGACGUCCCUCCAGUUGAGGCUGCUCCAGCUGAAGAGCGAGAUCCAUUAAAGGACUUGGAGGACGAGUUAGCUGCUUUGGAGGUUUUUAUAAAUGAAGGCGGGCCCACUACACGUGAGCCAGGAAGUCCGCCAGCUGACACUGCGGCCUCUUCACAUUUGAGGGAGCCUUUGGCGACUAUUAAGGAAUCUGAGGCAGAGGAAGCAUCGGACGAAGCAACAACGGUUGCGUGUAAGGAGCUUGCAACAACGGGAAAAGAGGCUGCACUGGAUACUUGCUGUCAGUCUGCCUCUGAUGCAUUGCCGGGUCCCACGGAGACACUCAAGCUUCCCCAACAAGAGGUGCCUCUCCCCGAACCCCCCAUUGAAAAAAAGCCUCAGCAGCGACACAGAAAGGCACCGAAGCCUCCACCGAACGCUCCACCUCCGAAGCCCCCACCGAGGCCGGGGCCUUCCCCUGAUUCUGCCGAGAAGCAGGAGGUGCCAACCCUCAUAUCGACCCUCACGGAAUCAUCAUUUGAAGGGGUGUAUAAAGUCGACGAAAGUGAUUUGGAACCGUAUAGAAGUAUGCUUGAGGGGAACCUUGAAGAUAUAGUGUUUGUCCAACAGACUCCAAUACCGAAGCAGCAGCUGGUGGACUUCACAAGUGGAAGCUGGCUCGAUACCACAGUUAUGCAUAUUUACUGCGCGCUUGUAGCUAAACACAUCGAGAGUCGGGUUUCGUUAAAUCUGCAGAAGGACGUGGCAGUGCUCAGCCCCGUUGAUUUCGCCACCAUGUGGCAGCUCUUUUUGAGGGACCAUCGGAUUCCGGUGCCAUCGGAGAGCGACAUCACACGUUCACAAACGGCUUCGAAAGUGAUUUUUCCUUUGAUGGUCCCAUUAUGGGACUGGAGCGCAGGCCAGUAUUCUGGCGCUGUGGGGCAUUUCAUCACUGCGGUUAUUGACCGAGAGAACGCACGCAUAUCCGUUGUGGAUAGUCUCCCUCACCCUGAACCCUUCUACGGGCCUAUUCUCGAAUUCCUGCGGCAUGUUGCCGUGCAGCUACACAAUCCAGCGAAGGGGCCUGUACCGCAGUACAAAGCAUCUCCACACAAUCCUGAGCCAGGAUUCCCAUUGCAACUAGAGGCUUUUGGUGUGAUUAACGCCCAAACUAAGGAUUACACUAACGCUUGUGGCCCGUUCACCCUGGAGAACAUUUUAUGCAUUGCUGAGAAUCGGAAGCCAAACUAUUCGAUUCGGGAUGCCCCCAGUUUGCGGAAGCGCUUGCUAUUGGAACUGUUGAACGGUCUUUGGGAUCGUCCUCUGCUGUCCGGAGAGCUGCGUGUCUCGUUAGAAUGA